UUGACUCCAUCCGCGGUUGGUGAACUCGGCGAUAGGCAUAAUACAUCUCUGUGUAUUACACUUACGUGAUGGUCGGGUACCUUUAAGAAGGAAAUGCCUAUAUUUCAUGCGGAUUUUGCAGCAAUGGAAAUGUAAAAGUGAUAAGUCUAGCCGUUUAAAACGGCAAAUAUGUGGGAAGUAUUGUGUUUUGCUUGCAGGUGGAAAGUGACAUACGAGGAAUAAGCAGUGUGAAACUGCAAAUAGUUUUUGGUCGUGAGAUCAGAAUCUGACAUCAUUUGUGAUUAGGUGUGACAAGAAAAAAACUACAAUGAUGACAGAAAAGAAUGAAGAGCAGAAAGAACAGAUGGAAGACCAAAGCAGUGUGCGGGUGGCAUUAAGAAUCCGUCCCCAGCUGGCGCGCGAGCGGAUAGACAUGUGUCAAGUUUGUACCACAGUGUUACCUGGCGGCCAGCAGGUGAUGCUGGGGAAGGAUAAGGCCUUCACCUUCGAUUACACGUUUGACAUCCCCACCUUCCAACAUGAGAUCUACGACAAAUGUGUUUUCAAACUUAUAGAAGGGUGCUUUGACGGUUACAAUGCCACAGUUUUCGCCUAUGGACAGACGGGGUCAGGGAAGACGUACACCAUGGGUACAGGCUUCGAUGUUAAUCAGAACGAUGAGGAGGUUGGUAUUGUACCCCGGGCCGUCAGUCAUCUAUUUCGGGGAAUACAGGAACGCCAGCAACAAGCAAAGGAGACCAAUGAACCACAACCGGACUUCAAAGUCACAGUCCAAUUUAUAGAGCUAUACAAUGAAGAGAUUUUUGAUCUGCUGGACAUCACUCGGGAUCCAGAAUCAAGAGGGAAGAAGUCCCAUGUUAAGAUCCACGAGGAUGCGACAGGAGGAAUUUACGUAGUAGGUGUAACAACACGGCCAGUUAUAUCUCCGCAGGAUACUAUGCAAUGUUUAGAAAACGGUGCUUUAUCUCGGUCCACUGCCAGUACCAAUAUGAAUGCUCAAUCGUCACGUUCGCACGCCAUCUUUACCAUCACUAUAAAACAACACCGUGUUGUCAAGGAUGAGUGUCUUGAUGAAGAUGGUAAAGAGACAGAUUCCACGCAAGACCUGAAUGAAUUUGAGACGUUGACAGCCAAGUUCCACUUUGUAGACUUAGCCGGCUCUGAGAGGCUGAAGAGAACAGGAGCGACAGGUGAUCGUGCCAAGGAAGGAAUCUCCAUUAAUUGUGGUUUGCUUGCCCUUGGGAAUGUGAUAUCAGCUUUAGGGGAUAAAACCAAGAAAGGAUCUCAUGUCCCUUAUAGGGACUCCAAGCUCACGCGACUUCUCCAAGAUUCUUUAGGAGGAAAUAGUCGGACGUUAAUGAUAGCGUGUAUAUCUCCGUCUGAUCGUGACUUUAUAGAGACACUUAAUUCACUUAAAUAUGCCAAUAGGGCACGCAAUAUAAAGAACAAAGUGAUAGCUAACCAAGACAAGGCCAGUAAACAGUUGGCCGCACUUCGCUCAGAGAUAACACUACUACAGCAGGAACUGAUCGACUACAAAACGGGUAAACGAGCAGUGGACGCCGAUGGUGUGGAAAGUGUAAAUGACAUGUUUCACGAAAAUUCAAUGUUGCAACACGAAAACGAGAAGUUAAUGCUACGAAUUAAAGCCCUGAAUGAAGCUAACGAAACACUAAAGGAGAGGAACACCCAACUACUAAGGGAGAGGGAGACUCUCGGCAUCCUCAAUAUAGCAGAGGAUGCUAGAGCAGGUGAAGUACAGAAGCUAAUAGAAGGAUAUUUAAAAGAGACAGAAGAGUUAAGAGGUAAACUAGCUGAGUCCGAAGCGAUGUUACACUCGGUAAAGCGACGCCAGAUGUCGUCAAGAAUGGCAAUGGCGCCAAUGUCUCCUAUCCAGCAGUUCAGUAGCAUGAACCUGAGUGGAAGUAUGAGUAUAGAGACUCCCGACCCCGACAACAUGAUCACCUCAAUACUGGAGGAGGCCAAGAAAGACAUUAAACAGCUCCGCAAAACACGCCGGGCCAAGUCACGACAUGGUCACAGUAGUGACAAGGAGAAUAUCAGUGGGGAUGAGAAGGAACAAAACGAGUCUGAAUCUAAAGUAGGGGAGGAAGGCGAGGAGAACAAAGACGAUGGAGAGAAAGAACAAGGCGAGGAGGAGGAAGAGGAUGGAGAACAGAAUGGAGAGGUUUUAGAGGAGGACGACCUGGAGGAGGAGCUAGAGGAUCUUGACAACUCAUCUGAGGAGGAGGAGGAAGAGGAAUCGGAGGAUGAGGACAAAGUGCAACUGUUCCUGGAUUAUUGGUUAGAGUGGGCAGACUCCGAUAACAUUCACGAAGAUUUAGCAGAACUGACGUGUGAAAUCUCCAUCAAACAAAAGCUUGUGGAGGAACUUGAGCAGAGUCAGCGUCGACUACAUUCCAUGAAAGUCCAAUAUGAGGAUAAGGUUUUACUUCUACAAAACAAGAUUAAGGCCACAGAACAGGAACGUGACAAAGUACUGUCCAAUAUCAAUCAAGUUUCGACAACCAACCAGGACCAGGUGAAGAAAGUGAAGGUGGAAUUUGAGAAGAAGUUAUCGAUUCUCACGACAGAUCUGAAGAAGAUGCAGGCAGCCAAGAAGGACCAUGCCAAACUUGUCAAAAAUCAGUCACAUUAUGAAAAACAGUUAAAAACCCUCCAACAUGAGCUUGGUGAAAUGAAAAAGACAAAGGUGCGUCUAAUGAAGCAAGUGAAAGAUGAGGCUGGGAAAUCCCGACAGACAGAACUACGGAGGAACAAAGAAGUCACACAGCUGAGGAAGGAACAACUCAAAAAGGAGAACAUCAUUCGCUCGCUGGAGAAGACCAACAAACAUAGAGAGGUUGUCCUGAAGAGGAAACAAGAGGAGCUACAGGAGGUUGAGUCUCUGAGGAAAAAGAAUGUACCAAAUAUGUCGGCCAGAACAGCUGGUCGUGUGGGCAGAUAUGAGAGACCGGUAACGAUACCUAUAGGUCCAUCGUCGACCAGGAGACGGAGGCGAGGAGAUUUCUCAGCCAAAGCUGCAAAACAGAAAUGGGAUGCCAUUGAGAAAAAUAUAGGAUCUGUGAUAAAUAAAAAACAAACUAUAGUAUACAUGGAACGAGACAUGGAGGUCUGGCUGAAGUACAGAGAAAAAACCUGUAAGAAGAUGGAAAAGUACACAAAAAGACGAGAUGCUGCCAUAGCUACCUCCAGGGACCCAGCGGAUGUAAAAUCUCUGAGUGACACAGUGGAUACCCUGAACCUUCAGGUACAGCAGGCACAGGAGAACAUCACUGAGUGUCAGACCAACAUCAUGCAGAUGGAGGAGGCCAAGGAGGAUGGAGAGAAUUUAGAUAUCACGGCCAUAAUGAGCACGGCAAACCUGGACGAGGGCCGCUAUCUCCUCAACCAUUUUAUGCAGAUGUCCCUCAGUAAGGGUAUGCUACUAGCUCAGAAAGAACACGAGGUUCGAGAGCUGCAGGCUCAGCUCCACCAGACGGAGCUCAACAACACCCUACAACAGGACCUGCUGAAACACAUGAUCAAUGACCGAGUGGACAUCGAGGUGGACAACCUGAUGACCAAUGGAGUGGACGAUAUGGACACCUCGACCAGCUCAGCUUCAUCAUCGCCAGCAGAAAGCAUGUUUGAGAGCCAGGUACCGCCCCAGCCUGCUCAGCUACCCCCAGGAAUGGUACUUGGUGAUUUGGGCAAACGAGACAAGGAGUUUCGUAGGUCUUUACCGCUGCAUGCAUGUCACCGCUUGAGGAAUCGAAGCAAGAGCACAAGUUCUGCUCAAGCUCGCAGGCGGACAGCCACACCGGACGAACUGUUGUACGCAGACGGCCCGAUGUUUGACAUGAAGCCGCCCCUCCGCACCCUACCUGAGACCCCAGAAGAGGAGCAUGCAGACCAGUCAGGGAAACCGCUGCCUGAGGUCUUCAACGGGACAGAGAGUCACACUUUGAUGCCUCCACCCAGACAGUUGCCUAUCAAAGUCGCCUCCUCCAAUAUACCACGGAGAUCUGACCCAGGACCGUCACCAGUGUUCCGACGGAAAGAGUACACACGUCCUAGCCCUGAUCCAUCCCCGAUCUUACGGAGGAAAAACAACCCUGUGGUGCUGUCGCGCUCCAGCUCUCUAGACACAACAUCCUCAGACACCACCCCGCCAUCCUCACCUACGUCCACACGCCGAGCAAGAAUCACUGGGGACAAUGUCUUCUCCCGACUCACCAGUAAUACACAGCCUCCCUCACUCAAUCCUCCAAACAGGGGAAGUAUUGUGCCUAACAAUGGUCGGAUCGCGGCCCCCAGUAAGUUCAGCCCAGUGACAUGUACACACACAGCUGAAGGUCACACCAAGGCUAUCCUGUGUGUGGACGCUACAGAGGACCUCCUCUUCUCCAGCAGUAAAGACCGCACUGCAAAGGUAUGGGACCUCCGCACGGGACGUGAGGUCUUGUCCCUCGGGGGACAUCCCAACAACGUCAUCAGGGUGAAGUACUGUGAGCAGCAAAGGCUUGUCUUCACUGUGUCCCAGUCCUUUAUCAAUGUGUGGGACAUUCGUACCAGUCCCUCCCAGUGUGUCAAAACUCUCAGUUCUUCUGGUCUGACAGAUGAUGGGCCCGUCAACUUUGCGUCGCAGCGACAGGUUGAACUGCCCCCUGGUGAGCACAACAUCACAGACAUUGCACUCAACAAAGACGGCACGGCUCUGUACAGCUCUGUAGGAAGUGUGGUCAGAGUGUGGGACCUCAAAAGCUUCAGUGCCGUUGGGAAGUUAAACGGUGGCCACCAGGCGGCAGUGAUGGUACUGGCAGUAGACAAACAGGGUACCAAUGAUAUGGUCAUCACCGGCUCCAAGGACCAUUACAUCAAGGUAUUUGAAGUACUGGAGGAGCGAGCUGGUAUCAUGGUACCGAAACAUAACCUCGAGCCGCCCCACUACGACGGCAUCCAGUCCCUGGCCGUCAACGGCAGCACCCUGUUCAGUGGGUCGCGGGACAUGUGUAUCAAAAAGUGGGACCUCACCACUAACAAACACAAACUGUCUCUGAACUCGGCCCACAAGGACUGGGUCUGUGCCCUGGCCUUCAUGCCCAGCAGUGACAUCUUGUUGAGCGGGUGCCGUAGUGGCUUCCUUAAGCUGUGGAACGUGGACACAUGUCAGGCCCUCGGCGACAUCAAAGCCCACUUCAUGCCCAUCAACUCUAUAGCAACCAACUCAAACUCGAUUUUUACUGCAUCUAAUGAACCUGUGGUCAAAAUGUGGCAGUACCGUCGCACUCAGACAUUGACCACACUGUGGGAAUCUGGAAGAUUAAAUCGCUCUCAGACUCGGGCGAGUCCAGUGCUGCCACCUCCCCCACUGAAGCCGUGGCGGACGACAAGUAAAUACAACAAAUCACUGGCGCCCUCUGGUGUAAAAAUUUACAAUAGUCUUAAGUCGUCGUCAAGUGUAAAGAUCGACAGCCUCUUUGCGACGAAAAUGUCAGCAGAGCAGAAAAAUGAUACUAACAGGACCAGUAAGAUUGCUAUUGGAACACACAGAUCUAGUCUACACAAGAUGUUGUGAUACAAGACUUCCAUUGAUAUCGAAUAGAAACCCCUGGACUGCUUCAUGGUUCUAGGGCUUUCUUGGCAACAGGAUGAAAGAUGAGAGGUGGAUAGUUCAAGUCGUAAUUUAUUUGUUGCAUGACAUAUAUGGCAACCAGGAUAAGCAUUGAACAGUCCUGAAUUAUCAUUGAAGUCACCUGAUGUUGAAUAUGUGUAGAUAGAAUAGCUGAUAUGAAAUGACUGCGAUGACAGAUUGAUUUGAUGAAAAUGCAGUGAUACAAAUGUUUUAGAGUUUUUGAGUGAAUCUCUUUUUGACCUUGACUGCUUGACUGUGAUUGUAGUGACAUGAACCAAGGUCGUGUAACAGGAUUGUAUGGUUGCUAACCAUGGUAGUUCAAAUGGUCAGGUACCAGAACUUUACUAGCCUACUGUUGCAAGAACUUCAUAAAAGCAAAAAUUAAUAAACUUUCAUGCCACUGUUAUUGAACUUUUAAGGGGUAUUAUUAAAACAAAGCAUUUUAUAAAAACAGAAUUAUUAAAAUUACUGCCUAACUGUUUGAGCAUGUGUUAAAAACUAAUCCAUUUCCUUAACUAAAUACUAUAAGCUGAUUGACAACAUGUUUGUGGUUUAACUCAUUCACCCCUGAAAUUUCACAAUGAACUAUUCCAACCUUUGAAUUGGAAGAGUUCAAAUGUGUUUUCAGGGGUACAUGAGAUUCGUUUUUGUCCAUAAUGUGCUAUGAUUACAUGCAUGUGUCUGGGAGAGAAAAAGUGUGUGAAUUUGUGGAUGUAUUUUUGUAUUGGUGAAGAGAAAAGGAAUACAGCUUAAUUGUUUACCUUCUCUGUUUACACUAAACGGGUCUUUGCUUUUGUUAUCCCUGUCCAUUAAGGGGUUUUGUUCUUAAAUGAUAUAUCAUGUAUUUAAAUUACUUAAAAUUAAUUUGUGUAUAUACUGCGAGUAAACAUGACACGUACAUUGAUUAUAAAAUACCCAAAUGUGAUAAGGCAACACAGAGAACAGAUCCUCACAGGGAAGAGUGUUUAUGAUUAUUUCUGCACCGUUCAUUGUUAUGGUAAGAAAUGUUGACAAUCUCUGAUAAUGGUUGUGAAAUUAUUCCUGAUAAGCUUACUGUUAUGUUGUUAUGAGCUUGCUUUUAAGAUUUAUAUUGAACUGUUGAUAGCUCUGUUGAUUCACUUGUAAAUAAAUUUGCUGUAACUCAUUUCGUUCCGUACUUUAGAAGGUACUCUUUAAAUCUAAAUUCUGGGUGAAUUUUGAUUGUCUCAGUCUUGGUUCUGCUUUGUUUGAAGCUGUUGAAUGAACUAAAGGUUAACAGAGUUGUUGAUUUUAUCAGGGAGUAUGGUAGGCGAGUAUACCCCCCUAUUUACAAAUUAAGCAUUUUCACAUUGAAACUCAAGUAUGUGCUCAGCCCAUAUCUCAACCAUUUCUUGUCCUGGGGUCAAAGUAAACAAUUUAUAACGGGGAAAUGUUACUAAUUUUCCAAUUGACAAAUUGCUUACAAAAUCUGAUAUUUUAAAAGGUAUACUUUCUGAAAUAAACAUCUUUACCAAGAACCAUUGCAAAACAUUGAUAGACCACCUUUAUACGUACUCACUCCAUCCACUGUGAGUUUGCGAGCCUCGCACUGUGGUCAAGUUUUUAUCCAGGGGAGAGAACUAGGGGUAAUUAAUGGACAUUAAAUACAUUUUGAUCAGAGAUCACUGUGUAUCAACCUCAUUUAAAUUAAUGUACAGUAUAUAAAUGGUGAUUGUUCAUUGGAAAGUAAAGGUUGAUGGCUAUUUGUUUGUUACAUGUUCAUUAAUGUAAACAAAGCUUUAAUAAGUCUUCAAAACGUCAAUCACUACCAUGUCAUCUUCAUAUUUUUUUCAUAUAUUGCUUUCUCUGCCAUUUAGGCCAAACACUGCUUUCACCUGGAGUGUCAGUUCUGUACCCUGCUCAUUCAGCCCAUCCUGCUUCAUAUCAAAUAUCUACAAAGUUGCUGAAUGGGUGAUGCGUCUGUCCUGGUUUCUGUUCUACUUAAUUUGCCCCAGCAGUACUGAUACAUAAAAUAAUGUAUGUUAUAUGUAAAAAUGUAUGUAUAUUAGCAUAAUUCAUAUAUUUUAAAUGGCCAGAAAGCUGCAUGUCAUGUGAGUUUUCUGGCUGUCAAUUCAAUUCUCAAAGAUAAUGGAUUGCUUGUGAAAUCUUCGAAGAAAAUUUGCCAGUAUAUAUCUUGUAGAUUCAUUAUAUUUCAAUCUGCUAAUAUCAGUUUUUCAAUUGAGAAAUACUGUAAAGUUUGUAGAAAUUAUUUUAUAUUGAAUUUUGAUUUGCAUUGUUUUAAGUUUACAUAAUGAUAUAUGUAUGUAUAUUAUAGAAAGAUUUAGUUUGCUUUUGUAAAUAGAUUUUGAGAUUUUUUGUAGAUGUACUAUUGAUUGUUGUAUGUUUAAAUGUACCGAUGCUGCAGGGUGUAAAUAAACGCUAUCGGGUAUGUUGGAAUAUAUAGCACUACAACUUCCAAUAAGCAACUGUGAUGCCAAAGACAUAAAUGUAUGGUGUAUGAUAUAUGUCAGUAUAGCUUUUGUUUUAUUAUUCCUCAGUGGCUUUGCUCAUUGUUAUUGCCAAGUCAUGUUGUCACGUUAUGGUGCCAUCACAUACACCAUGUCAUGAUGCCACGUCACGGGGCGAUGUCAUGGUGCCACGUCAUGAUGCCAUGUCACAGUUGCAAGUCAUGUCGGGUUAUGGGACCAGUUAAGCCAUGAUGCUAACUCGUGGAACUAAGUUAUGAUUUUAGAUCAUUGAUUGUCAGGUCACGGUGCUAAGUCAUGGUACUAAGUCAUAGUGCCAAGUCAUGGUACUAAGUCAUGGUGCCAAGUCCUGGUGCUAGGACGUGGUGCUAUGUCCUAAUGCCAGGUAAAAGUACCUAUAGAUCUGAUGUUUGAUGCAUUAAUACAUUUUGUAUACAGUUAUUGCACCAUUCCAGCAGUGUACAUAGAGUAUACCUAAGACAUUUAGGUACCUAAGAAACUUGAUCAUUAUUUAAUAUAACUAAGUCUACAGAGAAAAAAUUCCUUCGGAGGGAAAAAUUCACAAUAAAUGCAUAAAAUUUACACAUGUUUUACAAUGUCACUGUCUCCAGAGAAUUGCUGUCUUCCCAGAAUCUUCGAUUGAGUUGAAUCCCGGCUGUUUGGUUUGGUCAGCUGAAGGAUAACUCUUACCAGGUCUUUAGGAUGACCCUGCCCUGGGCUGGUCAGUUGUAGUCUAUAGAGAUGACUCUGACCGGUCAGUAGUAGUCCUUAGGGAUGACCUUGGGCUGAUCAGUUGUAAAAUGUAGAGAUGUCUGUGUCUGGUCAGUUUUAGUCUUUAGAGAUAAUCUUGGGCUGGUCAGUUGUAAGUCUGUAGGGCUGACUUCUGACUGGUCAGUUUUCGAUUUUAGGGAUGACCUUGGGCUGGUCAGCUGUACAGUUUACUGGGAUGACUCAACCUAACUCGGUCAGAUGUAAUCCAUAAGGGAGACUGGACUCUUCAGGCUCUACAGCUGUACUCUAUUUGGAUGACAAGGUUAAAAUAAAGUUUAUGUGUUCAAAAACAUGUCUCAAAUUGUUUGAGUUCCAAUGCAACAGAUCUCACUGUUUACAAUUUGUAUAGUUUUGCUGGAGAGGACUAUCUCCAUCAGUUUAUAACAAAGACACAUAUAUCAUUGCAGGGUGUGUCAAUUCAUCUGGAGACUAUUAUAUGGAACAUAUUUUUCAUAAACUGGAGGUUGUUUCUGUAGUUUGGAACGAGAUUAGAAUUGUUUCUGUUUUACUUAUUUUCAUUGUUAACAUCUGUGACCUCAUUACAUUCCAUGCUGGUCUGUAUGAUCCGUUUUUUUCUCUCUACCAUGCAGCAUUAAUCAUUAUAUCGCCAAAGGUCUUCUGUAUGUGAAGGUCAAAUUAGCUAGCAUUUAAGUUUACUAAAAUUAAACAACAAGUUUGACCACAAAUACAAACACUCCUCUUUUUCAAACAUUAUGUUAAAUGAAGUGUGAAGCCUCAUUAUUCUGAAUCAGAUCAUCCAGGCAUGACAUUUUACUGAUCAUUGAUGUAUCUUUGAUAUACCGUUUGGAAAUUGGAGUGUAUGGAUUAGCUCAUUCUCCCCUGAAAUUUCAUAAUGAACUAUUCCAACCUUUGAAUUGGGAGGGUUCAAAUGAGUCUAGUUAACUUUACAUUUUAGUUUGUUACAUUACAAUGAUAAUGUUGGAGUUACCUCCCUUACAUGCUGUCUGCUGGAUCACCUUCCCACAUUGUUUGUGUACAUAUAUAGUAUUGCUUGUUAACCUAUUGUUGCUGUCGAUUGUUCUGCAAUUGUUGCAACGUUUGAUUGUCUCAAGACUAGGACUUAUGCUGCCAUUGAAUAUAUAUAUCUCCAUAUAUUUUACAUGUCACAAUAAAAUAUUCCCACGCUGUGCUCAGUAAUAAAGUAUUUUAAUGAAUAUAUAUAUAUCAGUUUAAGAAAUUGACUGAUUUUCUUUGUAAGUUUUUAAAACCAUGUUCUUCUUUAGUAGACAAAUGCAGGUUACUGCAAAGAUGAUUGAUUUAUUAGCCAAACUAUAGUGCUUACUCCAUCGUUUCAAAAUAUUUACAAUUUGUAGUUACCAUGCAUUCAAUAUGUCAAUAAAAUCACUAGUCGAUUACAUGUAUACAAAAAGUAACAAUGCUUCUAUAUAUACUUCAUCUCAGUGUAUCUCUUUUCACCAGACUUAUUUCCUUCAAAUUUUGUUAUUUUGUGAUAAAAACUCUGUAGAAAGUGUCAUCUGAAUACCAAUUUUUGAAGGUCGUUUGUCCAUACAAUUAUUCAGGGUUGAAAGUUGAUAAUACUGAAAGCAGUAAUGUCUCAUAUAUUCCAUACUCAUAACAUUGAUCAGGUUUUCAUAAUCACCAUGUCUCAUUUAGUAUAACAGAAGGGCUCUAGGUAUCCAUGUAUUGAGAGUUAUCCUCCCUUGUUGUCAGGGAUCACACCAGUAAUAUAACUUAUUUAAUGGCACAAAUUAUAUAUGUUACAUGCUUUCCAGUGGUAUGCAAUGUGCAUGUCGUUUUGGAAAAUAAAUGUAUAUUUUUCAAUUUA